CACUUGAUUCACAGUGAUUUUUUUUUUAAUCUGUGUAACUCUGAAAUGGUAACAUCCAAUCACAACACUAAUCGGGUUAAAUGGAACAUAUGGCUUCAGAAUCAUCUACACAGUGAAGGGAACAAAGUGGUCCAACAAUCGCACACUAAUGUUUUUAUCUCAGAUCACAGUGAGCGAGAAAGAAAAAUGUUUAUCUGCUGUACUAAACUGAAAUAUUAGUAUAUAGUAUUCAAGUUGCAUUCAAGAGAAGUAACAGAUGUUACAUCUUUUGAACUUGGUCCACAAUAAAUUUUUUACUCUGGAUGUGACAACAAAAACAUGACUAAAACUUUGAUUUUUAAAUAUGUGAAUAGGAAAAAGGAAAUAAAAGCUUGAAUUAAAAGACUUUCCUACUAAAAAGAAUUGUAAUUUCGCAUGGCAACAAAACCUUGCAGACAUUAAAUCUUUUCUGCAUUUCGCAGUAUCGGGGGAGUAUUGGGGGGCUCAUCUGGGAGGAUCCAUCCAUCCCAGUGUAUGAGACUCUGCCUCCAGGGCUCCAGAAGCGGUGUCUCCGGCCCUGCUGCUGCUGAGCGGCUUCAGUUCCUCUCUACGUCACACGGGGCGCCCGCUCCUCCGCCGCUCGGUCUGUUCUCCGGCUGCUGCUCUUUCUUUCUCUUCAAAGCAGAGGAAAGCAGAGGGGCUCAUGUGUCAACAUCCAGGGUUUCCCCGGGGAGGUGUAACGUUAACGUUAUUCUAAAAAAAAAAAAAAAAAAAAAAAAAAAAAAAAAAAAAAAAAGCAGCCCUGAUGUUCCUUUGAAGAAGAAGCAGCUCUUUUCUAUCAGUGUUAACCUGGUUCAUCCUCCUCCUCGCAGUCAGCUGCUGGUUGAUCUGACCGUGAAGCCCAGAACACGGUCCUCCUCUGCUGCUGCUUUGACGUUAGCUAACGUUGUUUUAAACGAUGACAGAGUACAAAGUGCGAAUAGCUCCAAUCAUUUAAUAUCUGGAGGAGCUGUUAGCUUUAGCAUAGCUAGACCCGGUGACUCGCUUUAUAACCAAGAAGGGAACACGGAGAAACACUCUGCUGACAUGAUGUUUCCUCAAUCAAGGCACUCGGCAUCCUCUCAGUCCAGUCAACCUCUCAAGUUCACCACUUCUGACUCCUGUGACCGCAUCAAGGAUGAGUUCCAGUUCCUCCAAGCACAGUACCACAGUUUGAAGUUGGAGUGUGAUAAACUGGCCUCUGAAAAGUCAGAGAUGCAGCGUCACUAUAUCAUGUACUAUGAAAUGUCCUACGGGCUGAACAUUGAAAUGCACAAACAGGCUGAAAUAGUGAAGAGACUGAAUGGCAUCUGUGCUCAGGUGCUGCCUUACCUGUCACAAGAGCAUCAACAGCAAGUCAUGGGCGCCAUAGAGAGAGCCAAGCAAGUCACGCCCCCUGAGAUGAACUCCAUUAUACGGCAACAGCUCCAGGUGCAACACCUGUCCCAGCUCCAGGGCCUGGCCCUGCCUGUGACCCCGCUGCCCCUGGGCCUCACCCCUCCCACCCUGCCCGCCGUCUCCUCCAGCUCCGGCCUGCUCUCCCUCUCCUCCAUCCUGGCCAACUACUCCCAUGGCCAGGCCCAGGCGGUGAAGGAGGACAAGGCCCGGGAAGCCGCAGAGAGAGCGCCCCGAGGGGAGGACGGGGACAAGUCAGACUAGCGCGGACACGGCGAGGAGGUUUGGAGGGGGUCGUUGUGGGGUGAAGUGUCUAAAAAAAAAAAAAAAAAAAGGUAAAACUGUAAAUGGAGAUUGAUGUAAGUCUGGCUGCCUGUCUGCUGAGUGUUGAUGUAGAAGAGUAACUGCAGGGAUGAGGACAUGCAGAGAGGACAGAUUUUUGGAUGUGCAGAGAACGUAACUGCUGAAUGGCUGAGAGUGAGAGUUAAAUGUUCUUAUUAUUUAGUGGUAAUAGACUGAGUUCAGGCUUCUAGACUUUAAAUAGAUGCUUUUUUAGUGUAAGCCACUGUUGUUAGGCUUAAACAAGAUACAUGUUUUCCCAUUUGGAGUGAGAGCUGAGGAUGAAAGCUAACAGCAGUGUCCCUUACACAGAUCUGCCUCUCACUGGUUUAUAUUUCUUAAUUUUUUUUUGCUAUCAGAUCCAGUGUUUUUUGUUCAUGUCCUCCUCAGUCCCUCAGUGUUUUCUUACUGGUCCGUCUGCCAGUCACAGUAAGCUGUUUAACAACAUCUCCGUUCCCUCUUAACUCCCGUCCCUCCACUCAUGACGUACAACGGCUCCAUUUAUUUUAUUUUUCCUAAAAUGAAAAAUGUUGACAAGGAGCUGUUUGGAGUGUGAUACCAUUCAUUUAUGUACUUGGAGCCAAAUUAAAUCUUAGGCUGAUGUUAAAUGGGAUGUUUUUUAAGGGACAUUUCACUUGUCAGGUGCAUUCAAACCCUUCAAACCUCCACACUUUUCACCAUUUUUUGCAUUUUCAUACGACCAACCACUGGAUGCGUUACCUUAGCUGUGUACCUCAAUCCCGAAUAAAUGGGAUUUUAUUCCAUUUAAAAACCUAUAGUUUGUACAAAUGGUAGUAUACCCAUCUUGGGGGGGGGGGUUAAUUUGUGUUUCAUAGGCCUAGCUGCUGCUGCUGCUACGCGCGCUACAUGGCAUGGACCAUGACUCGUCUUUAAAUGAGCUCUGAAAAAAAUUGACUUUAUUUUGACAUGUUGUUUUCGUGAAGUUAAAGACAGGCUAAUUAGACAUUCAAAAUGUGUCUGUGUGUGCUCGAGUGAAUGUGAUCGGAAAGAAGAAAACACUUGUUUAAUUUAACUUUAUUUUUUUUCUUAAAGCACCUUUUGUAUUGUCCUCGCACCACCCACUGCUCCUGCCCGUUCCUCGUACUGGUCCACUCUUUAACUGACCAAGACAAACUUGAACAGGAUCUAAACUUCAGAACCAGACGGUCGUAAUAAAGACAUACGAGUAACUGUAUUUCUGUAAGUUAGAAGAGCACUUCGGUUUAUACUGAGACUGUAUCAAGCACCUGUCUUUUCCUGUCUUGUUUAACUUGUGUGUGAUUGUCAGGGGAAGAUCUCCCCCCUUUUUUUUGAUUUUCGCAUUGUUUCAAUGAAGAACGUGUCCGGGGUGAGUUGCUAAAGCUCUGUAAGCAACGUCAAAACAUGCUUUCCCUUAGAAAACAGCGAGAUUCUCAGUCAGAAUUUGUUCUGGUAACCAAAUUAUUGUCCUGUUGCAAAAAAGCUGGUUUUACAUUUAGAGCAUUUUCCCAAUUUCAUACUACGUUUUAAUUCUAUAUAGUAUACUAUCUACUGGGCUUUAUAUUGCUCAGCCCUAAUUGACUAUACUGAAUUUUGCCCCUUUUUCAGAGUGAUUAUAGCCUGUAAUGAGACUUGACUGACAUUUUGUGUUGACUUUUUUUUUUUUUUGUAGCUGAUGAUGGUGAUUUAGUGGUCUGGAACCAGGCUGCUCAAAAAUUUGUAUUUAGUAUGGAUUUGAAAUCCACUGAAGGCAUCAGGAUACUUCCAUCAGAAGUGAUUUCUCUGUGCUUCAAAACUCCCCCCGCACACUUGUCAGAUGUCGUAAUUGGAGUAGCUGCGUCUGACAAAUUUCUAUAACUGUCCGAAACUGACAAUCCGCCAUUCACGCCCAUCUAAUGCAGCGAUUGGCCAGGUGUGUGGAGGUGACAAAGAUGGCAUUAAAGUCAACUCUUUGUCACUUUCUCAUGUGGACAAACGAGUGCGACACUAUGGAUGCCCUCCAGGAGAGACUGUCUGUAAAGUGUAGCACUGUAAUCCCCAGAUUUAAACGAUUAUCACUACUGCGUAGCUCAGCAAGCAAACACCAUCCAGCCCCUCUCUAUGACGAUCGGCUAGUCACCUCACUUUAAAGUGUGGCCUUUCAAAACACCUAUUUAUAUACACUUUUGCCUUCUGAAGAGGUCGUACAACACUUCACACAAACUAGUUAUUUUCUAGCGUAACCCGGCUCUUGUACUGUAAAAGUGAUAAAAUAAAGAAUGCUCUAAACGGUCAGCGUGCAGACUAAAAAAAACGUUGAUUAUAGAGAGCGCUGUUGAUGGACUCUAUUGUCCCGCAAUGUAACUCACAAAGGAAAUGGAGGAGCUGCUGCGCACAAUUGGAAAAGAUUUAAACUAAUAGUAGAUGUGUAGUGAAACAGCUCCAGGCACAUAUCAGAAAACAAUUAUUGGAAAAACGUAAUGUAAUAAAGGGGCCGUACACAUGCCACGUCUUUUGCCCGCUCAAAUCCAUUGUCAAUGUUGACAUGCAGAAGGCGUGCUGAAACGCGAGAGCGAUGCCGUCGCGGAGCACAAGCGUUCCCAAGCGCCAAUUUUUCAGGGUGCGACGGCUGUGCUCCGAGAUAAAAAAUAGUUCAACUUUUGGAACGCUGCAGCGCACACCGCAUGUCAUGUGACAACCAAUCACAGCCAGCUUUUAUUUCUUCCGUAAAUGUCAGUCUACGGUAAAUAUAUGGAGGAGAAUUUAAUCAUUUUAGUGCAGGGCUACCCAGAGCUUUACGAUCUGUCCCACGGACUAUUUUACUUGCUUCACCCUUUCUGUCGGAGGACGUCACAACAUCCGGUUGAAAGGUCGACCAGACUGACAGACAAAUCGAGUGUAAAGCUACUGUGAAGGAUUCGCAGUGCUUGAAAAUGCAUUUAUCUUUGAUUUGAUUGUGGUUAGUUUAGUCAGCGAGGCUUCCUGCUAUAUUACCACAACUUCAUCAUCAUCAUCGUCGUCGCAGUAUGCAGGUUUUGGUUGCUUAUUAACGGCAGGCGCAACCUCCCAAGCACAUAGGAAAGGAAAAAAAGCGGCAUAGCUGGCGUUUUCCAAGAGUUUUUAGACGCGGUAUGUGUACGGCCCCUAACUCGACAAAGUGUAAUACAGUUCACUUCAUUAUGUAAUAACACCCACAUGUGUAAUGAUCUGAUCUGACAGCUUGAACGCAACUAGGGCUGCACCUAUUGAUCGAGUAUUCUACCAAUUAUUCCAUCGAUUAAUCUGAUAAAAAAAAAAAAAUGGAUUUGGGAAGGAGCAAAUAGGGAGAAAAUAACGCGGAACAACUAAUUGAUUUCCCUUUUAAGAAAAAUCUAAAUUUGUAUUACUUAAAUUGCAUACAAUAAUAUCUGUCAAAACUAAAACUGUUUAAGUGAUAUAUAACAUUCUGGGUUUCAAGGCUCCUUGUAUACUAUCUGCGUAAACCAUAUAGUAUAUACUGUAUACAGUUAGUUUGCGGUAUGGAAUUGGGUCCAGCUGAGGUGUAUGUUAGAGGAAUGGGAAUGUUCAUAUUUAAGGCAGCAGAGGGCAGCAGUGCUCUCUCAUUGAUCAUUAGUAUGAAGCUACAUUCAGCAGACUGACCUGGACCUCUUUGGACACUGUGUUCACAUAAUUGUCACUGCUGUUCUCUUCUCGUCUUCAUGUCCUGACCGUGCAUCUGUACACUGCAGGUGUUAGCGGUUAUCCCCCCCCCCCCUGUAAUGGGGAGUGCUUUCCAGAGCUUUGACAACCCACCUUUAGCGUCUGAGCACGUCCGAGAUCGGAGCUCAAACUUUUCCUCUGUACUUUAGUUCGAAAGGCACUUAAGUUGUGGCUCAGUGCUCCUUUUUUUUUUUUGUUUUUCUUCUUCCUGUCUGUGCUAGUGUUAGGGGGGGGCUGAUGAUUUUCCCUCCCUGGAGAUUUGACCUUAAUAUAUCGAGUGCGAGAACAGAUCAGUUUGCACUCUUUAUGCUGACGUCAGUCUCCGUAGAAAACCUCCUUUGGCAAAACUCAGACAUAUGAAUGGUAUGUGUGUUUGUUUUUGCUGUGAAGGGCCAAUUUGUAUACAUAUGAAUAUAUCAAUAUACAUAUUUUUUAAAGCAUUUUUGUAUGUUUCAAAGCUGCUUUUUAACGUGUGUGUAUCAUGGAAGACUUUGGUGUUGUAUGUGUGCAUUACAAGCCUACAGUUAAAAGAGAGGCACAAUGUUGUAUACCAUGUCGUUUUUUUCCUGUUUUUUCUCUCCCAUUCUCUCAGUAGGCAGUAACACUUAACAUUGUUUUCUAGGUUUGUAAAUGUUUUCUUUUUUCCUUUUGUGCAAACGAAAAAAACAGUUUAAUGUGUUUAUGAACACAGUCUCAUUUUAAGAUACCUGGGGCAAAAAAAAAUACAAAGAUGUAAACAAGCAACUGUGUACUCUAAUGAGAAUGAAUCAACCUUUUAGCAGUAAGGAAGCUUCUCUGGUGCCUUACAAAUAAAAGACGUGAUUGAGAAUGGUCA